AUGUCGACGAGCAGCAGCAGCUUCCAGGAAACCAGCGACACCUUCAACCGCACGACGACCGCCAUCACGACCGGCUGGAUCGUCGGCAUCGUCGUGAUCGCGCUGUCGUCUAUAGCCGCCUUAUUCCUCCUAGUCUUUUUCCUUCGGCGACGCAACAGUAGAAGACAGCAGCAGCAGAAGGAGAUGGCGAACGCGACUCCGGCGUACGGGAAUCCGCAGUACGGCUGGCAAGCCCCCGGAGCAGGGUUCGCGCAACAGCAGCAGCCGUACGAAGCGCCGAACACGCCAGCGAAGAAUUAUCCGCGGUACGAGGCUGACUCCGUUGCGCGGAAUGAAGCCGACGGGAAUCCGAGGAAUGAGGCCGACUCGAACCCAAGGAGCGAGCUUUCGGCGGUCUAG